GCACAUUUGAAAGCGUAUUUGACGGCAUUUCCAUCCAAUUCAAUUCCGUCAUGCAAGCCGUGGAGUCAGCGUGCUUGGCGUUUGCUGCAGGUCGGACGACUGCGGAACGCCAAGCCGCUGAGUGCAUUCUGCACCAGUUCAAGCAAAGUCCACAAGCCUAUGCUGACUCGAUCCACCUCCUCACCCACAGCACUGUUCCUAUGGCGCAGUUUCAUGCCGUGACUACGCUCUGCGAGCUGUCGCUGCUCGAACGCGUGGCGACCUCUCAACGCAGAGAAACCAUUGGUUUCCUUCUACAUCAUGCAACAUCCUCAUAUGCGCACAUGCCGUCCUUUGUUUCGUCAGCUCUUUUGUCCACGAUUGCUGUUCUUAUGAAGCGGAAUUGGCUCCAGGAAACCCCAGGUGACCGUGCAGCCAUGGUCUCCCACAUUACUCAGCUCGCAUCGUCGCCCGGCGCAUCCAGCAGCGUACUUGGAAUCAAGCUCUUGCUCGCAUUCGUCACGGAAAUGAGAGGCUCGUCGGAGAAGAAGACCCGUGCCAUGCUCCAACCCAUGGCAUUCCACACGUCAUGCCGCACGACUCUGGAGAAAGACGGUCUUGUUCAAAUCCUAGCUCUAGCUGUGCAUCUCAUUACGAACCAGCCGUCCAGCCAAGCCCUGGAGCAUGUGUAUCUCUUGAUGGUUGAGCUCCUACAGUGGUUUGAAACUACCGACUCAACUUCAAUUCUCCUCGCAGUGGAUGCGCGAUGGAGGCCGUACCUGGUGCAGGCCAGUUUUAUCCAGGCGGUGUUCGAGACAUAUACGACCCACCGCAGCCACAACCUGGGAAGCCACACUAUCCGCCAGGUGCUCAUCUUGCUAGCCACCGUCACAGGCCCAAUCUUUGAGACGCCAAGCGACCAGAUCGCGUACAUUACGUGGAUAUUCCAUGGCGCUCUCUUCAUCUUCCACCACCCCCUUCCAUCCAAUGUCGAACUGGAGGUGGUCGACAUGUGCCAGCUCACGUACCGCCUCGUGUCGAACUGGGGCAGUUUGAACGAUCCGGCGAUGGCAGAGCCGUUGGUAUCCGAGGUGGCGAAGCUCAGUUGUCUGCUGCUUCAGUCGGCUCUCCAGGACACAACCGACGAUGUCGACGACGCGGCGCUGUGGCAGAUGGAAGGCCUUGAUGUCCUCAUGGAUGCUUGGAGCAUCCUGACAGCAAAUGCAUCAAAAGUGUCGGCCGUAUCGGCGGGCCUGCAGGCGGCAAGUGCCCAAGUCGUUCAACUGUACCUCCAAGUCCGAUUGCGCCUUGUGUGCCGCAGUGACGAGAACGACGUCGACGAAGACGACGAAAUUGAAGAAAACGUUGCCAAGACUCUCGAAGAACAACUCGGGCUCGUGGCGGCGCUGGCGCGGCUGAAUGCUCCCCACAACUUGUCUUUGUGUCUCCAUCUCUUGCAAGAGACGUCCCAUCAACGCAUGAGCCAUCCGACCAAGUCCCUUGACGAUGUAAGCUAUCGGCAUGUGCUGGACAAGCUGCACUUUCUCGUCCUGUUCACGGGCAUCGUCCUGGCGGACGACUACCGCGGUGAAAAGCCGAGCAUUCCAGCAGCCAUGGAAGGCGCGGUGCUGCCCCUCGUGGAGCAGGUCAUACACGUAGUGCUGAGGCUUCUCGGAGACGAAGUCAAAGCCGUCGAGGCGGCGCCUCAUCUCCAAAGUCCGUACUUUUCGGAGCAACUCGUGAGCACCACCACGAGGCUACACGUGACGUACUUUGAGCGGUUUCCGUCCAAGGCCGACAUGGUUGAGCUCUUUUGCAAAUGUGCGUCGACUUAUUUGGCUCGAUGGUAUACCCAGCCGCACAUCAUCCAGAACGUCGUGGAUCUCGUCUUGGCUUUUCCGAAGACUGCAGCGAUAUCUCUGUGCAUGCAGUCGCCAUCGUUCCAAUGGCUCCUACACUCGGUGUUGUCUCUCCAAGGGGCGUUGAGCCACGUGCCAAGUCAGAGCCGGGGACUUGUGUGCGAAGCCGUUGUUCGCAUUGUCGUCGUGGAGUCGCCCGAGAAGCUGACGCCAUUCGUGACCGAGUGGCACCAGGCCUUGGUCUCCCUCAUUCAAUCUGGCGCAUCCAACGAUGUGCGCGUCCACCAGCAAGUCGAAAUCGUUCUUGAGCUGUAUGCGGGUCUUGCACGGUCUUCUGAGAGCCGAUCUUUUCUUGUCCUGGAACCCCUCGCCCUGCCCUGGUUUCCUCUGCUACUGAAUGUGCUCGAGACUUUCCACUCGGUUGCGUCCAUCGUGCCGCUCGUCCUCAAAUGCGCAUGCGAUUUCGUCGAAGCCAACCUGGCCUACCUCACCCUGACCAAAGCGAUCGUGUUGUACAACCACUGCGACCGCCUCAUCGGGACAUUUUGCGCGUCGCACUCGUCCCAAACCCAGCGUGCGACCACGGAAGAAGAGCAGUUCGAAGACAUUUUGAUGUUGCUGACCCUACUGUCGCACCUCGUCGCCAAAGACGUGAUUGACUUUGCCGACGACUCGGCCAACUCGGUAAUUUGCUGUGCCCCAUUUCUCUCUCUACCCUGCAAUAACCACGACUAGGCUGGUGUCGUUGCUGACGUUGUGUUUUCUGGGCUGAACCAAGUGAUUCCCCUCAUGACGCACGACCUGCUCCAGUACCCUAAGCUAAGCGUGCAGUAUUUCACGCUCGUGUCGUACCUGGUCGACGUCUACCCCGACAAAGUCGUACGACUAAACCCGACGCUACUGAACAAGCUCCUGCAAUCACUCGUCGUCGGGAUGCAGCACAACAACACCGACAUCGUUCGCUACAGCUUUCAAUCCGUCGGUGAGCUGGCGGCGUGUCAAUUGCGCCACGAGCCGUCGGCGCCUGGACUUCUCGGCCAAUUCAUUCCAAUUGUGCUCCAAAUGCUCGUGUUCGAGUCGACUUCGGCCGUCGUGGUGGACGGCGCCGCCAUUGCGCUCUACUACUUGUUGCUCGUUGAGCGCACCAAUGUAUUUGCCAUCGCCCAAGCAUUUUGCACGGGGAUGGACACGGCCUUACACGACACAAUGAUGCAGGCGCUGAGCCAGUUGACGCAAAGCCUGCCCCCAAGCCACUCGACGUCAGUUGUAGAUGCCAGAAAGCAUCGAGCACAGUUCAAGACUCACCUGUAUGCUUUCGUGGCGCAUGUGCGAGGUUAUGCUCAAAUAAAGUAGUGCCUCUCAAAAAAACAAUCAGAGGGGGACUCCUGCGCUGUUCAAACGCUGCGCUUUUCACACAAGCUACACUUCAAAGCUAACUACAAGUAACUGUAAAGCUAACUUAAAAUACUUACAAGUUUCGCA